UAUAAAGUAGUAUUUAUUUACACACCAAAGGAAAACAGACCCAGAGGGAAAGACACACAAAAGGGGCGUGGCCUUUAAUCGGGCCUCCUCGGAGGGAUCGGUCCGGUCCUUGACGGGGGAGACGCUCCGCACUCCGCUCCGGGUUUUUCUCAGUACCAUCAGCGGGCUCCUCACAGCCUCUAGCUGGUUUUUUUACUCAACUCCUUGUCCUGAUAUCACUCCGCUGGCACCGUGGAGAAGCGGACCUGAUUAUUGUGAUGGUGGCACGCGGCAGCCGAGUGACUACAGACUUCCGCCGCCGCUUCCCAUAUCCGCGUUUUGCGCCAUCUGGGCUACUCUAGGUACCGGACUACCCCCCCCCCCCCAACACACACACACCCCCACACACAACUCAACAACAUCUUCCCCGGGAUUUCUUUUCAAACCAAAACCAUAUGAGAUGCGAGUUCACUGGGAAACUCCGGAGCCCGUUCGCUUCAGGCAGCAAAACUUUUUGUGUGAGGACGACGCGGUGACCCGGCGAGGGGACUGUUGCUGCCGCCGCUCCGCCGCGGGACGGGUCGUGUGUUCGCGGCCGUUGAGUGUCCGCUAAACGUUCACGGUAUUUUUAAAAAAAAAACAUUUUUUUCUUCUUCUUCUUCCCCUCUCGUGGAGUUGUUGUUAACGGCUCUACUGUUGAAUACGGUCCGGGGGGCUUUGCUCUCGUCUCGCUGGGUGUUAUUACCGCGGAGGAAGAAAAAAGAAACGGUUAGCGCGCGAGCGUCUAACCCGGAUGACUGUCGGGCUGCGAGCCCUUUAAAAAAACCAACCGUCGUCCCCGGAGUAGUCGCUCGCUUCGGCGGUUGGUGCCUUCCGUCCUGUGUCCCGGCUCGCUUCGGGACCCCUUCGCCGGGGGAGGAGGAGGGAGGGGGGGGAGAGAGAGGAGGUGAAGGUGGCGGCGACGGUGAGCUUUGACGUGGGGGAGAGAAACAAAAAAGUUGUUCCAAAAUAGCAGUCACCCGGCCGAGUGAUGGGGGACUUCGCCUCCCCCGCUGCCGGACCCAACGGCGGCAUCUGCAUCAACAACGGCAUGAACCCGGCCGCCGCCGGGAGCGCCGUGGCGGCCGCCGGGGCCGCGGGCAUACCUAAGCACAGCACGGUGGUGGAGCGGCUGAGGCAGCGGAUCGAGGGCUGCCGGAGGCACCACGUCAACUGCGAGAACCGGUACCAGCAGGCGCACGCCGAGCAGCUGGAGCUCGAGCGCCGGGAGACGGUCAGUCUGUACCAGCGGAGUCUGGAGCAGAGGGCCAAGAAGGCGACCGGAGGAGGCGGCGGCGGCGGCAGCAAGCAGACCCAGAGCAAGCAGCAGGACCCGGACUCCGCGGAGCAGAGGAAUAACACGCUUAUAGCGCUCCAGCAGACGGUGAAGAGGAAGCUGGACAGCGUGCGGUCGCCCCUCAACGGCGAGCACAACGGCGGCGGCUACUCGCCGACAACCAAGCGGCUGCGGAAGGACGUCUCCGGCGGCCUGGACGCGCUAACGGGACACCCGAACAACAACAACAACAACAACGGCAGCGCUCCGCCCAUCUCGCCGCUGCAUCACCAAAUGGACAUCAAGCCGUUGCUCGGCGGGCCCAACACGUCCACCGGAAUCAACAACAACAACAACAACAGCAGCAGCAACGCCACCAACGGAAACCACGUGGGUCAGCCGUCCGACGAGCUGGGGAAGAACGGCGGCGGCCAUCUGCCGGACAUGAAGCUGAACGGCUCCCUGGACCUGGAGGACAGCUUCGGCCUCCUCAAGGACCUGAAGCAGGAGCCGCUGGACGACGGCGGCGGCCUGGAGUCCUCGGACCCGCAGUCGCUGUCCAAUCAGAACAAGCUGUUCUCCGACAUCAACCUCAACGACCAGGAGUGGCAGGAGCUGAUCGACGAGCUGGCCAACACGGUGCCGGAGGACGACAUGCACGACCUCUUCAACGAGGACUUCGAGGACAAGAAGGAGGCGGAGUUCGGCAGGCCGGCGAACAAUCAGACGCCGGGCCCGCAGGAAGCGGCGGGGAACACGACGGCGCCGGCGGUGGCGCCGGUGGUAGCGCCGGUGGUAGCGCAGGCGGCAGCGCCGGCGGCAGCGGCCCCGCCUCCUCCUCCUCCUCCUCCUCCUCCUCCUCCUCCUCAGCCUCCGCAGGGGGGGCCACAGGUCCCCAUGGGCUCUCCACAGGUCCGGCCGUCCUCGUCGGGCCCUCAGUUCGCCACCACCGCCAACGGAACGCCUCCCCAGCAGCCUUUGCAGCAGUCUCCGGCCGUCGCCAUGGCGUCGGGUUCCCCGUUGCACAACUGCGUGGCGCGCUCCCCUCAGACGCCGACCCAGGCCCAGACGCAAGCCGUCUCCAGGCCCGCGAACGGAUACCUGAUGAACCCGCAGGGCCCCGGGGUCAGCCAGGCGGGCACGGGGCCCAGCGUCGGUCAACCCGUCGGCCCGGCAACGCCGGAACUUUCUCCAGCGGAGCAGCUGAAGGCGAUGGCUCAGCAAAGGGCUAAACUCCUGCAGGAGAAGCAGCAGCAGCAGGCGGCGAGCUGGUCCCCCGCGGGGGCGCCGACCAGCCCGUAUAACUCUGGACCCUUUAGCCAAGACAAACCCAACAGCCCCAUGAUCUACCCACCGCAAGCCUUCAACGCGCCACAGGGCCCCCUAGUGGCCGGGAUGACCCCCAACAACGGGCCCAAGGCCUCCAUGAACAACUACCUCCCUCACGGCCACAUGGGCAUGAUGGGCCCGCAGCCCGGCGGCGUCAACCAGAGCGCCAUGACCAAGCAGCAGCAGCAGACGGCGGCCAUGUUGUCCUACAACAACACCAAGCCGCUGAGCCACUUCAGCGGCAGCGGGGUCGACCACAUGGGCCAGAGGAUGACCCCUCCCAUGGGGGGGAACACUCAGGGGAAGAACCCCAUGAUGCCUCCUUACAUGGGCGGCGGCCAGGGCGCCGGGCCCGGCCAGACCCAGGGGCCGAUCCCGGGCCAGACGGCCCACCUGAGCGAGGAGCAGAAGAGGAUGCUGCUGAUGAAGCAGAAGGUGCUGAACCAGAACACGCCCUACAGCGCCAUGCAGGCCCACGGACAGGAACAAGGCGUGGUGGGGAUGUCGCGGCCGCCGGGCGCCAUCCCGCCGCCUCACCCUUCCGGGGGCGUGGCCUCGGGGGUGGGGCCCAACCAGGGGGCGGGGCCGGCGCCGGGCUACGUGGGCAACCAGCAGCAGGCGGCCAUGAUGAAGCAGAUGAUGGCGAUGGAGCAGGAGAAGCGGGCGCAGAUGCACAUGAUGGAGCAGCAGAAGCAGCAGCAGCUCUUCAGGGAGCAGCGGCAGCAGCAGCAGCUAUUGGCCGAGCAGCUCCAACAGCAGCAGCAUCUCCCUAGACAGAUGGGGCAAGGCCAGAGGAAUCCAUACCCCCAAGUCAAUCAGUACCAAGGUCCUCCUCAGGAUCUGGCGUCCAGGAGCCAGGCCCUGCAGAACAUCCGGGCCGCCCGGCUCCUCCAGCAGCAGCAGCAGAACCAGCAGCAGAUGGUCCAGAUGAGCUCGGUCCAGGGCCAGGGGGGCUCCGUGGGGCCCCCCGCCGACAUGGGCCUCCCCUACGGGAACCCGGGGGCCGGCCAGGGCUCCCUGUACGGCCCCUCCAUGAGCCAGAUGCUCCACCAGCAGCAGCACCAGAGCGUCCAGCACAACGCCGCCGGAGGGGGGGCGGGGCCGCCCCGGCAGGCGGGCCCCGGGGGCGGCGGCUACGGAGCGCAGGGGAUGCUCAUGAACUCCAUGAGCCAGCAGCCCCUCAAGGGCCCGGCCAUCGCCAAAGCCCAAGCGCAGAGACUGCAAAGCAUGCUGGGAGCGGGAGGAGGAGGAGGAGCCAUGGCGGCGGGCGGCUGGCCGCCGCAGCAGCAGCAGGGACAGAGCCUGCAGGCCAUGGGCGCAGGAAUCGUCAGGACUACAGGGGGGGGGGGAGGGGACAUGGGGGGGUUCGGCCCCACGCAGGGCUACGGGAUGGGCCAGCCGCGCACGGCCAAGCAGCACUUCCAGGGCCCGGGCCCCGGGAUGGGCCCGGGCAUGGACCCCCGGGUGGGCAACCCGGGGGCCGGGAUGGCCGGCCCGAUGAUGGGCCCUCACAUGGGGGGCCAGCCCAGGACCAACCAGCCCCGGCCCAUGGUGCUGACCCAGGGGAUGAACCAGGGGAUGAUGGGCCAGGGCAUGAGCGGGAUGGGGGGGUUCGGCCCGGGGCCGGGGGGGUCAGGGGGAGGAGGAGGAGGAGGCGGGCCCUACGGACCAGGGGGAGUCGGGGUCGGAGGUCAGCCGCCGGGCUACCAGAGAACAGCCAAUCAGGACAUGUCCUCCUAUGGAUAUGGGGGCGGGCCCUCGGGGGGAGGAGCCUUUGGAUUGGGCGACGGCUCAGGGGCGGAGCUGGACUCGAGCGACGGGUGGAUGGAGGAGUUCUUCCCCAGCCAAUAG